AUGGAGAAGAACGAUCAGAGCCACAACCGUGAUCGGGAUGAUCAGCUAAAAGGAAUGCAUGUGGACGGUAAACUGAAAGUCGCAUGCACGCCGUCUUCGAGCCGAGAGUUAGUGGCGCCGCCAUGGCCAUCGUCCGUGGCCGUGGCCGAGUUCCCUUUCAAGAUUCCAAUCGGGUUCACAUUCGUCCCCACUGACCAGGAGCUCAUUAUCCAUUACUUGAAGCCCAAAGUCACGGGUGAUCCGAUUCCGGUCAGUGACAUCUUCGCCGACGUCGAUCUCUACAAGUUCGACCCCAGAACGCUCAUCGAGAACCGCAAGGGAGCGGGCAUAGACGAGGACGAGUGGUACUUCUUCACUCCGAGGGACAGGAAGUAUCAGUGCGGGUCGCGGCCGAAUCGCUGCUCGCCCGGUGGGUUUUGGAGGGUGACCAGGAAGGAAAGCGUUGUCCGGAUGGAGAAUAAAACGAUCGGAUACAAGAACUCGUUGGCCUUCUAUCGAGGAGACUCGAAAAGACAAGGCGACCGGACAGCCUUGAAUAUGCACGAGUAUAGAUUGAAGGAGGACGAGAAGAGGGACCGCCCCAGUAUAGGCGGGAAGAAAGGAGUGAAGGACAAGAGGUUGGAUGAGUGGGUUCUGUGCAAGGUCUACACGCCCAGGCAUGCAAAGCACCCGAAGAACGGCCAGAAGUCUGACGUUCCACCCAAGAAGAGGAACGAACAGAACCUUGAUCAGCCAGACGGCCACAACGCCCCGACGACCACUGGCAAAAAAUCUGAUCAUCCAUUGAAGAAGAGGAACGGACAGAACCUUGAUCAGCCAAACGGGGGUGGCCACAAUGCCGCAUUGACCGCUGGCAAGAAAUCCGUUCUUCCAACGAAGAAGAGGAGCAAACAGAAACUUGGUCAGUCAGAUGGCAUCGGCCACAAUGCCCCAUCGACCGCCGGCCAAAAAUCUGAGGUUCCACUGAAGAAGAGGAACGAACAGAACCUUGAUAAGCCAGACCGUGACGGCGACAAUGCCUCAACGACCGCCAGCAAGAAAUCUGCAAGUUUGACGUGUGGUCCCGCAGGCCGCAAGUCUCAGGCCUCCUAUUCGGCAGCUCACCAGCAAUUCUCCUCCUGA